ACAUUUCUUCAUACGAAUUGGUAGAAACAUUUGAUUAUAUGCAUAUGGUGCAACACUGAUAACAGUACUGCUAUUUCAUUAACAAGUUGCCAGUUACCGUACGUUAUUAAUAAAUUACCAGUACGGAUCCUAUUUUUUAUUUUCAGAUGAUGACAUUAGCGAUAAGAUUAAUGGUUUUCAUAUGAAAUCCACAUGGUUAUAUAAUACUUAAAUUUUCUUAUGAAUGCGUACAUUUCAAAUAGGUAACACUUAUUUAUCACUUAUUAAGGUACGGUACGCAGUACGGCUUAUUAAGUGUGUUACAAUUAAUUAUACGUAAUUAUGUAAAGAAAGUUUACUUGAUUUUUUCAACUUCGCUGGCAGUUUUAAAUUGCAGAGGGCAUUCGAAAACUUUUUUACACGAUCAAUAAGUAGGUGUUUAGUCCAGGUUUAGGCUGGUUUCAGUUAAUGCGAGCAAGCUGAAGGAAAGGGAGAGGGAGACGAAGGAGACUCCUGGAAAGUUAGGUCAAGUUCAUCUACACUUUAUUCUAUUACAGCGUACCUGAUGAACUGUAUAAAAUAUUCUUAAUAUGUACAAUUUUUUCAAAUAAAAAAUAAGUUCAGAAGAUAAGAGUAUUAUUAUAUUAGAGAACUAUGUCAGACAAACUACGAAGAUACGAAAAGAUCGAUUUCUUAGGAGAGGGUCAGUUCGCUACUGUUUAUAAAGCCAAAGAUGUCGAAACGAGUAAAAUUGUUGCUGUGAAGAAGAUUAAAGUUGGAAGUCGUGCAGAAGCUAAGGAUGGGAUAAACAGAACAGCAUUGCGUGAAAUUAAAUUAUUGCAGGAAUUAAAGCACGAUAAUGUGAUUGGUUUAUUAGAUGUUUUCGGCCACAAGUCAAAUGUCUCCUUAGUGUUUGACUUUAUGGAUACAGAUUUAGAAGUAAUAAUAAAGGAUAGUAAUAUAGUUUUAACAGCUGCAAAUAUUAAAGCAUACAUGAUACAAACUUUACAAGGCUUAGAUUAUUUGCAUUACAACUGGAUACUUCACAGGGAUUUAAAACCGAACAAUUUACUUGUUAACGCCGAUGGCGUUUUGAAAAUUGGUGAUUUUGGUCUGGCUAAAUUUUUUGGCUCGCCAAAUCGAAUAAAUACCCAUCAAGUGGUAACAAGGUGGUACAGAUCACCUGAAUUACUAUAUGGCGCGCGACUGUAUGGAACUGGAAUUGAUAUGUGGGCAAUCGGUUGUAUAUUAGCAGAACUUUUAUUACGUGUACCGUUUUUACCCGGGGAAUCCGAUUUGGAUCAACUUACCAGGAUAUUUCAAACACUAGGUACGCCUACUGAAGAAACAUGGCCAGGAAUGACUGAAUUACCAGACUUCAUUCAAUUCAAACCUUUUCCUGGCACACCACUGAAACACAUCUUUACUGCUGCUGGUGAUGAUCUCCUAGACUUAAUCGCCAGUUUUUUAAACGUAAACCCGUUAGAGAGGUGUACGUGCGACCAAGCACUGCAAAUGCCAUACUUCAGUAACAAGCCAGCGCCGACGCCCGGACCUCGAUUACCUUUACCUACGUCUGUGAAACGUCAACCAGAAGAGAAGCCUAGUCUAAAACGGAAACUAUUGGAAUCGAUGGAUGGUGCUUCACUGGCGAAAAGAUUACAGUUUUAACUAGGAGAUUAAUUAGAUUACAUAACAAAUUUUUCAUUCGCUGUCAUCCCUUUAUUACUUUUGCAAUUAGUUACUAAGAAUUAAAACAAUUGAUACGUGUAAAUAAGCUGUGUACAAAUGAACUGAGAUCUUAAAACAUAAUGUUAAGUAAGUAUAUAUUUAAAAUGCACUAGGAGUGCGAAACUCGUGUAUUUUUAUUACAAUUUUGCAUAAUAAUAAUAAGGAAGUCAAAUAAAUAUGACGUAUACAA